CCCCGGCGGGGCGGGGAGCUGGAGACAGGCACCGCCAGGGGCAGCCCUGGCCCGGGCUCCGCCGUAUAUAAGCGGCGCGGGGUCCUACGGGCGCGGUCCUGUCACGCUCGCACGGGGAGGAGGCUGAGGUGGCGAUGGCGGAUUUUGAUCCUUACGACGAUCGGGCCUACAGCAGCUUCGGCGGCGGCCGGGGGUCUCGUGGUGGCGGCCUUGGUUCCCGCAAACAGAAAGAGCUGCCAACAGAACCCCCUUUCACAGCGUAUGUGGGAAAUCUACCCUUCAACACUGUGCAAGGAGACAUAGAUGCCAUCUUCAAGGAUCUCAGUGUAAGGAGUGUACGACUAGUCAGAGACAAGGAAACAGACAAAUUUAAAGGAUUUUGUUACGUAGAGUUCGAUGAGGUGGAGUCACUCAAGGAAGCUCUUACAUAUGAUGGUGCACUUUUGGGUGACCGAUCACUCCGAGUGGACAUAGCAGAAGGCAGAAAACAGGAUAAAGGUGGCUUUGGCUUCAGAAAAGGUGGCGGGCCUGAUGACAGAGGAAUGGGAGGAGGUUCCCGAGAAUCCAGAGGAGGUGGAUGGGAUUCCAGAGAUGACUUCAAUUCUGGAUUCAAAGAUGAUGACUUCUUGGGAGGCAGGGGUAGAGGAACCCGCCCUGGAGACCGGCGACCACCAGGUGCCUCAAUGGGAAGUGGUGGCACUGGUCGCUUCAGAGAUGGGCCUCCCCUUCGUGGAUCUUCCAUGGACUUCAGAGAGCCAACAGAAGAGGAAAGAGCACAGCGACCCCGACUUCAGCUCAAACCUCGAACAGUUGCUACUCCCCUCAAUCAAGUAGCCAACCCAAACUCUGCUAUCUUCGGUGGAGCCAAGCCCCGAGAGGAAGUAGUAAAAGAGCACGACUGAGUUUGGGGUUGAGAGGGAAUGGGGAGGCGGGAGAAAAAGCAAGACAGUACAGAGUGACUCGCUCUGCUGGAAUGUCAACCCUGCAGUUUACCAUUCCUGCCAUCUGGUAUUUGUCCUCUUUGAAACCGAAAACACAGAGCUUGUGAAUGCAUGUCAGCUGUUAACAAGUGGUUUUUAGUACGUUCUUGGCUUUGCUGUAUCUAGUGCCUGCUUUGUGCUGAGUUUCCCUCUUCUGUUUCCUUCCAAGCAGCACAAUUGCCAGUAGAUAAGGCAGUGUAGCUGCUUCCACGAGUGUGGAGGUCUCUGGACAAAGGUGCUGCUUCACUUCUUCCUUUCUGGGUUUGUUUUACUUUAGAAGCACAGGUUAGACUUAGUUAUUUCCCUGUAUCGUUUCCUUUUACUUCCUCAGUGCUCCUCUUCUGACCUGCAUGUCUUGUUCUGUAUUGCUGUGGCUCUGAAGAGGAAAACUGGAGAGUCCAGAUGAGUUCAACAGAGAAAUUUACAGUUCUAACCAAGUAGUGAAAUACCGUUUAUGAACAAUUGGUGAUAAGAGUUACUGUAUACAGCAGAGCCCCUUAUAAAACUAAGGGGGACAGCUGCCCUUUCACACCCAUUACCAGGAAUUAUCAAUUUAAUAGAUGCAAAUACAGUUGGCUGACAAGAAGCCUGGUGAAUAGGUGGUGGAAUCAGUAUGGAUAAAGCAUCUCUGCUGCCAUCAGACUCUUGCCGGUGGCUGUCUAUUGACUUCAAAAUGGUAUGACACUAUACCUCUGAGCUCAAGGUUAGUGCUGCAAAAAUGUGCCUGUUUGAGCACAACUGCUCACUGGCUCUUUCUGCUUACUUUUUGGGGUUUUACAUGUUUGGUAAAUUUUUAAACAACAUUUCUACAAAUAAAAUUGCCUUUUUUAUUUUUGUUUAAGGAGUGUAUACUUUGCCAUGCAGUAUGUAAUCGCCAUUAUCUCCUGUAUUUCUUUGCCCAGUGGUGUACAGUUUUAAGACCUCUGCUUUCAGAAUACCUUGAAAAUGGGCAGAUUAGAAAUUGUUCUGCUAUAGAUUCUCUUCAUGUAGAAGUUUGGGUAAAAAGCAUCUCUAAUUGCUGCAUCUCUCUUCGCUUGAAAUGUUUCUUGCUAGUGUUGUGUGAGAGGAGGGAGGGGAGGCUGGAGCAAAAGGUAGAGAUCAUUAAUGUUUGUUUAAAAACAAAACCUGGAUCUACAGCACUGAAGUGUGGAGAUAUGUCCAAUGCAUGAGAAAAACUUGGGCCCCUAAUGCUAGUGCUGACAGCUUUCAGAUAGAACAGCCAGCACACUGGAGUACUUGCAAGAGGAGCUUGGAAGCAUGGCUGCUUCACUACCAGCAUCACUGCUAGUAGUGAAUUUCUUCCCUAAAGUUACCUUUGUAAUGUCAGAGUCCCAGCAAUUCACAGAACUACUUUCCUUCCUUCUGCCUGUCACUUAAUCUGCUUCUGAGAUAAGAACCAUUUGUCUAACACUAAUACUUAAUUUAAAACAGACAUGCAUUUGUGUGGUUGUAUUCCAAACCAAUAAUUGAUCUAUUUACAUCUUCAAUGUGGAAAAGAUUUUAAGAACAAAUUCCCAUAUAAAAAUUCACUUCUAGUCAAGACAGUUGACUUUUAAAUGUAAAAACAAAACAAAAAAAAUGGAAAAGAAUUCCAAACACUUAACACAUUCUGCUUCAUAACAAAAUAAAUUUAUGGAUAUGGUAUUUUGUGAAUGAUCUUUUAAAUAAAAGAAAACAUUAAGUAAUAUUUAACAUUGGUCUUUAUUUGAGUCUGCUAUAGCAUGUUUUUCUCCCCCCCUCAGUUUUCAAACAUUGUGUUAAUUUGGAAAUUUGCUUCCUUAAAUUUUAUGGGGAAGCAGUACCAGACCCAUUCUUAUACAAAUAAGGGGGAGGGGGAGGAAAAGAUAAAGGGGAGGAAUCUAAUCUAAACACGUGCUGGAACAUGCAGGGCACAGUGAAGUAACAAGUGUGUACAAGUGGAAGCAAGCCCAAGUUCUUUGUCCUGUGGCUUCAGUAUAGCUUCAGUUAAAUUGCUAAGGCUGCCAGGCAGAAUUUGGAAGUACUAUAGCUUGCAGGUCAUGGAGCUCGUUGUGCCAUUUCCCACCAGCAGGAUUCUGCUGCCCUCUGACCAGAAGCCGUUGCCCGGUACAGGGCAAAAUGUGUCCUACCAUUUGAGUACUGAUCGGUUUAAUGUGGAGUCUUUGAGGUAAGACAAAUCGAUUGCCACUGUCUUGCCCAGUUUCUCCCAACUUUUGCAGCAGACCUGUUUCCUGCUAGAUGUAAUUGUUAAUGAGGCUGUUGCCCUGUGUCUUUGAAGUAUAUGCAUUCUGCAGGGUAAGUUAGAAGAGGGAGAGCCAUGUUUUUAUUGAGGAAAUGAGCUCUGACCUUCCUGCUGGUUUUACUGCUUUCCACACUGUGAAAGGGUGGAAAGUGUUCCUGCCUUCUGGCUACUCAGUCCACUCUCUCUUUAGACCUGCUCUUAGGACAGCUUGAGCAGAGAGAAUCCAAAUCCUGCCUUGGAGCCACUUGCUGAAGCAGCGUGUGUACUAGCACCUGACUGUCCUACUUGAAUAAUGACCCGAGUUUUGUAUGUCAGAGUAUGGCUAGCUGGGUGGCGAUAGUGUCCUUCAGCUGCGACCACACAGCUUGCUCAUCGUAGCUGGUCUUUCAGACCUUCUUACGGUGGAAGCAAUAAUUUCAUCACUCUGCAUGGAGGAAAGUAACACUGGUUUGUGAGAGGUAGAGAGAGGGAAAAUGGCUCAUCUUAGUCCUAUAAAUGUUUUUCUGUAUCUGCUAAUAUUUGUUUGGUCAAGGGUUUCCCACUAGGGAAUGCAGCCUAAUCCCAAUAUAAUUUAGUAUCUUUUUUUUUAGUAGUUCUUCAUAUGCAAACAUAAAUGGAUUGCCUGGGGUUUUUUUAAGCAUUCUGCAUUAUGCUUGCCAUAUGGCUUAGGGUCAGACUCCUCCAGUCCUUUUUCUUUGCCCCUGUCAAAAAUGUAACUAACAUUUUCCUAUACAGAAGCAUAUCAAACCAGCUUGUCUCAACAGUUGAUAAAACUAUAUUUAAUAUACAGAUAUGGCAUUUUAAGUUUUGUAGGAGGGAAGCAAGUUUAUUUUUUCCCCAUCCCACCAGUAAAAAGCAGUUAAGGUUUAAUCUGUAAUGCUUAAUUUUACCUGCAGCUUAAAGCUAAGCCUGGCAUGGCAAAGCCUAGACCGAGGAGGUUACCAGCAGUGCUAACAAAUGGAUAAUUCACUUUGUGGCUAUUCAUAUUCUCACCAAGUUAUUUCUAGUAGCUGUGCAGAGCUUUCUUCAAGCUUGAACUUAAAAAAUAAACAAAACUGAAGUCAGGAAUGCAGCAGACGGGUUUUGGAACUGAAAUUGAAUUUGCUUUGCUACUGUAGAAAGUGCUUUGUUGUGUUUCUCCAGUUGGGUUUGCAGGUGGGGAAGGCUGGUGUGGUGUCCCUGGAAGAGCUGUGAGGCAAUGCAGGAGUGAGCAGCACACAUCUAACAUGCUGCAGAGCUCCACUGUCAGCCACCAAAAACCAAACCCCACUGAGCUCCAAAGCCCAGGAGUAGUCCUGGGAGAGCUAAUCCCAGUCCUUUAAUGGCAGCAGCCCAGUGCUGGCACGGGUGUGCUGCCAACUCACUGGACUGUGCAAGUCUGUAACAGCAUCCGAGGGGGCUCUUUGUGCUUGUGGUCAUGAAUGUUGUUCUGAUGGCUGGAGGAGGUGGCGGAGCGUUCACAUACUCAAACGACGGGCUGCGGAUAGAGUCAAGUUAAAUUUAUGCCCUUGAAGGUGACUUACUCGCCUUCCUAAAGUAGCAACAAGAUGUUAACCUACUACUGAGACGCGCUGGCACUACUAAAAGCGUCCAAUGCUGACCCUGAAUUUCUGAAGUUCUGCUAGGUGUCCCAGAGCUGGUUGUGAUAGAGAGUGAUUGCGGCCAAGACUCGCUGUCCCAGGGCCGUUUGGGAUGAUGCUGAUAUUUUUCAACUUGUCUUAUGAAUUCUAUUAUAGUUUCAAUCCUGACUUUAGCACAUAGUAUAGUAGGAGCAUUUGCCACCUGUAGUACUAGCUGCUGACUUGUCUUCAGAAAAGAUGAGAAAAUUGUGAGAAUUUUAGAGCAAAUCUUGUGAUAUUGCAACCCCUCCUUUUUGUAGAAAAGGUUUAAUAAUAAAAGCCAGCAAAUUUUGAAAUGGUUGUGCGACCCCUUCAUCAGAGCGCUUGUGCGUAGCAACUUCCAGAGCGGCCCUUGUCCCCCUGACUGCUUUGAACAGAGCUGUUGGGAGCGACUGUUUUCCAGGAACCCCCUGUUCACCGGGAGUGUAUUUUGGACAAAGGCUGCAUGUGUCAGGUUUGCUCCAAGCAGUGCAGUUUGAAGCCAGGCAUGGAUCACUGGGUUUCUAUACCGACCUCAUUCCUUCUCAGUGUGUGGAAGUACAUCUCGUGAUUAUUCACACUGGCUUGCAGCAAGAGCAUGGGCAAUAAGCUGUUAACUGCGAGCAUCUUUAAAUUUGUGUUAAGUUUAUGUUUUACAUUCCGAUGGUUUCUGUUUCACUACUGGACAAGAGCGAAGGCUCUGAAGGAAUGGGGCUGUUCGUAUAUCCUGGCACAUUCUACCUUUGUAGUUCUCACGGGCACUUCUCUGGACUGGAUUCUUGGGAUGCAAUUUUGUAGGUGAUGCUUGUCUUAAAUUUUUAGAAAGGGCAGUUUCUGUGGCUGAAGAGGAAUUUGAUUUCCAGCUGAUACUGGAAUUUUCUGAUCUGGUAGCUGAAUCCCUCCCUCCUCUCAAAUAUCCCUUAUCCACUGCAGGAUUUUAAGGAAUCAAGUAUAUUCAAAGUGGCAGAGGGCCAUCUUUUAUUGGGUGCAUACGUCUCAUCUAUAUAAUCUGAAGUUUAUUCUGUUAUUUGUGAUACCACUCACUAUAGCGGUAUUAAACCGAACCAAUUAGAAGCAUUUGAAAUGGUGUAAUCAUAUUCUUUGACCCUGCUUUCUGAAAGGAUUUAAUCCUUCAGUGCCAGACACUUGACUCUCAAGCCUGAUGCACAUUAUUAAUAGCAAUAUCUUGAUGACAUUAUAUGUUCUGGACUAACUGGAGAAACGUACUACCAAAGCUAUAAGCGUAUAGCUUGCACCUAUCCUGCGUAUUAAGGAUUGCAAGGGAGCUUUGCUGGUUCCUCUCCGUGACUGCUCACUUAAACCCGAAGCUUAGAUGGGCACAAGAAACGGGAGAUCAGGUUCUGGGUGCACAUGCGGUGUCAUGCUGUGCGUGCGGUGUCGCUGUUUGAGGUCUAAGAUCAUGUUCCUCAUCUUACUGUAGCUGUUUGGGUGACUAAAUCUAAAGCAUUUUAUGGUUUCCUUUUCCAUAGCUGCAACGCCUCUGAUACGUGACGUCGCCUGCUCAACGGCAGGUUCAUUUUAACAUUGGCUUCCCUUAUUUCUGUCCCCUUUGCAGCAAAGUGCAUCCAAGGGCUUUAAGGACCUUCGGCGCUGUAACAGGAACAACCUGCUUACCUCUAAGCUCACAAAUUCUUGUGUAAAGCUCUAGAGCGUGCCAGGGUUGAUGUUUUGGGUAUGUUAUUGCCGGGAAUGCUGCCACCACCUUUCUGCCCAGUAGGUUUCAGCCAGGUUAGUGUUCCCCAUGGUAGGGAUUUUCUUCCUGCUAGGAGAUUGUUUUGUUCAUGUCACCAUGCUCCCAAGAUCUGCCUCUUUCUUUUAAAUAAACCAAAAAGUCACUAAGUACCUCUAUAAACCCCUGCAAAAUCUGUACUGUAAUGAACCUGUAUAAUUUGUAUUGCUGUAUAAAAAAAUCAAAUAAAAGCAUUCAAACCUUC